AUGCAGAAAGCAAAGAUCUGCGAGUCUGUGCGUGUGGUGGUGCGUUGCCGCCCUUUCAGCAAGAAAGAAGAGAAAAUAGCGUGUGAAAACAUUCUGGAGGUGGACGCUAAGCUGGGGCAGAUCACCCUCAGGAACCCCAAAUCGUCUCCGGAUGACCCCAUGAAAGUCUUCACCUACGACGCGGUGUUCGACUGCUCCUCCACGCAGAGAGAGGUCUAUGAUGACGCCGUCAGACCCCUGGUGGAGUCCGUCCUCAACGGCUUCAAUGGGACCGUUUUCGCGUAUGGACAAACCGGGACAGGGAAGACCCACACCAUGCAGGGGGACCCCAUGGACCCCGACCACAGAGGCGUCAUCCCCAACUCCUUCCAGCAUGUUUUCACUCAGAUAUCUCGCACACAAAACCAGAAGUACCUGGUCCGAUCGUCAUAUCUGGAGAUUUACCAGGAGGAGAUACGUGACCUGCUGCGGAAAGACAACAGUAGGAAGCUGGAACUGAAGGAGAGCUCAGACUACGGCGUCUACGUCAAAGACCUGUCCUCCGUCGUGACCAAGAACGCUCUAGAGAUCGAGCAUGUGAUGCGGCUCGGAGACCAGUCCAGGUCGGUGGGCUUCACCAACAUGAACGAGAGGAGCUCCAGGUCCCACGCCAUCUUCCUCAUUACCGUCGAAUGCAGCGAGACGGGCCCCGACGGAGAGGACCACAUCCGCGUGGGAAGGCUGAACAUGGUGGACCUAGCCGGGAGCGAGCGCCAGAGCAAAACCGGAGCUAAGGGACGGCGUUUGAAGGAAGCAGCGAAGAUUAACUUGUCUCUGUCGGCGUUGGGGAACGUCAUCUCUGCACUGGUGGACCGCAAGAGCACACACGUCCCGUACCGAGACUCCAAACUCACACGUCUUCUGCAGGAUUCGCUGGGAGGCAACGCCAAAACGGUGAUGCUUGCGACCGUAGGACCCUCCAGCAAGAGUUAUGAAGAGACUUUGGCCACUUUGAGAUACGCGAGCCGUGCCAAAAACAUCAAGAACAAGCCAAGAGUGAAUGAAGACCCCAAAGACGCUCUGUUGAGAGAGUUCCAGGCAGAGAUCGCAAGGUUGAAGGCGCAGCUGGAGGAGAGAGGGAUGCUGGCCAAAGAGCGACGGCUGAGGAGGUACUCCAAGAGGCUCAGCAAGUGUCUGGGGGUGGAGGAGGAGCUGUGGAGGGGGCUGGCUCUGGAAGAGGAGCAGGAGGAGGCGCAGAAGGAGCAGGGGAGAGCGGAGAAGAUCAAACUGCUGCAUGAGAACAGGAAGAGUGUGGAUGAGGUGCAGUGGGACCAGGAGGCGCUGGAGAAGAUCAUAGAGAAGUACAAGGCCAUGGAGAGCAAGCUUCUGAUUGGUGGGAAAACCAUCAUCGAUCACACGAACGAGCAGCAGAGACGACUGGAGCAACGACGACAGCAGAUCGCGGAGCAGAUCCGGCGAGAGCGGGUGAUCCAGCAGCAGAUGGUUCUGCAGGACGAGGAGACGCUGGAGAUGAAGGAGACCUUCUCAACGCUGCAGCAGGAGGUCGAGAUCAAGACUCGCAAACUCCGCAGGCUCUUUGCUCGGGUUCAGGCCGUGAAGCUGGAGAUGAAGGACAUUGUGGACGAACACGUGACGAACCGACAGGAGCUGGAGCAGACGCAGCUGGAGCUCACACGGGAACUCAAGUACAAACUCCUCCUGAUUGAGAACUUCAUUCCUCCUGAAGAGAAGAAUAAAAUCACGGCGCGACUGCAGUUUGACAAUGAAGAGGAUCAGUGGAGACUGAAGCCAGUACUGCCCGCACAGAGUGUGUCUUGUGUGCGGCGCAGACCUCUCAGUGCAGUUGGAUACAAACGUCCCAUCAGUCAGUUUGCACAACAGGCUGCUGCAGCGGGAGCUCCAUCCAGAUACCAGGCAGAGAACGUGAUGCUCCUGGAGCUGGACAUGGGGGCCCCCACUCUCUUCUCGCUCAGCCUGAACACAGGGCAGCUGGACCGGGCCUUCUCUCCCCGGCUGCUCCCUGACCUCCUGUUCCACGUCCCCAUGCGCCGCAGAACCACGUCCCUCACAUCCACACGGGUCCGGAAGUCACGCUCCUGGUAUCAGGCCCCAGACGGAGCUUCGGUCACGUCUUCAUCCUCCUCCACUAACGUCACCUCUGCGUCUCCAAGCUCCGCCCCUUCCACCAGACAGAGGCCAUCGUCUGCUGCCUACAUGUCCCAUCAACCCCCUCUGCAGCCAGACCCCUAG